AUGGGACAAGCUUGCUGUGUUCCACAUCAUUCUAAUCGUGUUAUUCCUGGGGAGGCUAAAGAUGACAACGAUUACGUUCAACUUAACCAACCUUUUCUAAAUAAUGAUUCAUCAGAGAGAGGUUCUCAUCGUUAUCACCCGACUAAGGGGAUUAGUGCAUCAACUCAACAUGAAUCCUCUUCAUCUUCUUUUUUACUUCCCACAACAAAUAGUAACUUACCAAAUUCAAGCUCACAAUAUAUUAACCUUCAACAAAAUCAGGAGGUUGUUGGAUUGGAAAAUAUUUUAGUAAUGAUAAAUUCUGAGCAAUUGCAAUUAUUACAACAAUUAAUAUCAAAAGGACCUCCACAAGAUAAAGGUGUUCAAACGGAAUCGCCACAGGAAUUAAGACGUUUCUGGUCUCAUAAAACAAUACAACAGGCGAGCUCAUUCACAUUCACUAAGGAUGAUUUUGCUAUUGGUAAUCCAAUAGCUUCUCAUUCUUCAUCUUCUUCGGAGGAAAUUGAACAACCUGUAAGAACCUCAACAAGAUCGAUGAAGAAUUCAGGCAAGAAAUUAAGAAGGAAACGAUCUAAUGCUUCUUCAGUGAAUAGAAGUAUAUCUAAAGAUAAAUUCAUCGAUUCUGAUAAUGGUCAGGAUGCAGAUGAUAGAAAAUCAAUUGUAAAUAUUGCUAGUCCAAAAUCUAGGAGCUUGAAAAAGUUUGAAAUUGAAGAUGAUAAACCAGAACAAGAAGAUACUGGAAAGGAAGAAAAGGAAAAUCCUGCUUCAUCUACUAUACUACAAGAGCCAAAGUUGAAUAUUCCAAAUGGGCUCUCACCUUAUUCUGAUGAAGAAGGUUACAGUAGUUCAGGUGCACUUUCAACUGGUGGAUCUGAAACCGAAGGGUCUUCACCAAGAACAAAGAGACAAGUUCACAUGACAACCACUUUAUCUACAGGUGUAGAUCAAGAUGGUAAGAAAACUGUCAAUGAGUAUGUCGUUAUUAAAAAGAUUGGUAGAGGUAUGCAUGGAAAAGUUAAGCUUUGUAAGAAGAGUGAUACUGGUGAAUUAUGUGCUUUGAAAAUUAUUAACAAGUCCAUUUUGAAAGAUUUGAAAAAGAAGGACAAGCUAGGAAGGCCAGUUAAGGAUAAGGAUAAUUCAAGUUUAAUGAUAUUGAUGAAAGAAGUUUCAAUUCUUAAGAAACUUCAUCAUCCAAAUGUCGUGGAACUUUAUGAAGUGAUAGACGAUCCAAAGAUUGAUAAGCUGUUCCUUGUUUUUGAAUAUAUUGAAAGUGGAUGUUUAAUGAAAAUUAUAUCUAAAGAUAAAACCGAUAGACCAGCUUUUACAGAAGAAACGUGUAGAAGAUAUUACCGAGACCUUAUUUGCGGAUUAGAAUAUUUGCACGAAAACAAAAUUGUACAUAGAGAUAUUAAGCCUGAAAAUGUGUUAGUAACAAAGGAUGACAGAUUAAAGAUUACAGAUUUUGGUGUUAGUUCAAUGUUAGAAGGAGACAAUGAUACUUUUAACACAGCACCCGGUACUCCGGCUUUCCUUUCGCCAGAAGCUUGUCAUGUUGGAUCGUACAGUGGCUAUGCAUCUGAUAUUUGGGCAGCAGGUGUUACAUUAUUUGUUAUGCUGUAUGGUAGACUGCCAUUUUUUGGACCAGGUAUUCUUGGAAUGUAUAAUGCUAUUCUUAAUGACGAGCCAGAAAUACCUGAAAAUAUAGAGCCAGAUCUGCAAGAUUUAUUAACUAGGUUAUUCUGCAAGGAUCCACAUAGAAGAAUUACAAUUAAGGAGAUUAAGGAACAUGCUUGGAUAACAAUGAAUGGUAAAUGGCCAUUUGUUACUCAAGUUGAUAAGAUUGAAAUUUCAACAGACCAAGAAAUUGCUGGCGCUAUUACUGUUGGUCGUGAAAUGAAAGUUGUAGACAGAUUUAUGCUUCUUUCAAAGAUGAAAGCAAAGCUUAGCAAGAGAGUGAAGAAAGCUAAAGAAAUAGUGCGGCAGAGGAAUGAAGGAAUUUCAGACUAA